UCUUUAGUUUGAUCUUUGAAGUUUCUAGAGAAAAGAUGGUCGAGGCAGUGUUGUAAAAAAAUAGAAAAACCCAAAUUUUAAGAAAUAUUAAUUAAUAAAAAGAAAUUUAAGCCAAUAAAAAUAAAUUAUAUUUAGAAAAAUAAUAAUUUUCGUGUAUUUUUUUGCAAUUAUUGACGUGUUUUGAAACAGAAUUGAAAAUCGGAAAGAAAGAAAUUUGUACAAUUGACUUUAAAUUACUUUUCUUUUUUUUUAAAUAAAAGUGAAAACAACUUUUUAAAAUGCGUGCUAAUACAUAAGUGUAAUAAAACAAAACUGGUUAAUAUUUAAAAACGUCAAAAAAAAACAAACAAAAUAAAUCAAAAAAAAAAAAUUUUAUUAACAAAAAAAAAUAGAAUUUUUGUGGUAAAAUUACCACAGCACUCAAAAUUUUAAAUAAAAACAUUUUUUUUUUGUUUUUUUUUUGUUUGAAUUUGGAUUUUGGAUUUGGAGACGGUGAAUUGUAAAAAAAAAUCUGUCAAUAUUGAAGCCAUAAAUAAUAAUCACGAAAAUUCUUCUUCAUCACCACCAACACCACCGGAACCAUCACCAUCUCCAUCAAAUAUAUUGUCGACAUCGACAACAACUUUAUUAUCAACAACCUUUUUAAAUACAAUAAGUAAAAUGCCUGUAAGAGAUGAAAUAAUUCCACCACCACCAGCUAAUUCAAAGCAAAUUGGUGUUGCCAAAACAUUAUUAUAUAAUGGUUCAAAAUUUACUGGAUUUCAACGUUCAAAAGGGAAUUCAUAUGAUGUAGAAGUAGUUUUACAGCAUGUUGACAUUGAAAAUUCAUUUUUAUGUGGCUACCUUAAAAUAAAUGGUUUAACAUAUGAAUUUCCGACAUUAACAACAUUUUUUGAUGGAGAAAUUAUUUCAAAAAAAUAUCCAUUUUUAACACGAAAAUGGGAAGCUGACGAAUCCGUUGAUGCUGGACAUUGGGGAAAAUUCGAAGCUUUUGAAGAAAAUUAUUUGCACACAUUUAAUUCUGAUAAUUUUGAUUAUGAUAGUUUAGCAAAAAGUGAUUAUGUUUUUAUGAGAUGGAAAGAACACUUUUUGGUACCAGAUCAUACAAUUAAAGAUAUAAAUGGAGCAUCAUUUGCUGGAUUUUAUUAUAUAUGUUUUACAAAAUCAAAAGGAAAAAUGGAAGGUUAUUAUUAUCAUAAAUCAUCUGAAUUAUAUCAAUCAAUUGAAUUAAAUCAUGUACCAGAAAGUUGUAUUGAAGUUUAUGAAUUUAGAUAAAUUAAUCAAAUAUUAUUUUUUAAAAAAAAAUUAAGAAUUUUUAUUUUUUAUUAUAUUAUUAAUUAUAUACAAAAUAAAUUAUACAAAAUUUACUAUGUUUAAAUAUAAUUCCAAAAA